CCUUCUGCUUUCACUUUGCGCAUCAGUCGGGGAAGGCGCAGAGCUACUGUACAGGAGGCUGCACCAAGAGCUUUUUUUUAUUGUUUGUUUGUUUGUUUUGUUUUUCAUCAUGCCCAUUACUUUUUAUUAUUUUUUCACUGAGUAGGCUACAGGAAAUAUAUCUACUUUAUAUCUACUUUGACUGCUCAGUUAAUUUAAAUAAAACAACAACAGAGCAGCAGGCCUAAUUUUAUUAGAUUCAUUUUUUUUUUUUCAUAAAAGAAAAAAAGAGUAUUUGGCAUUGUGUAGCAGGGAGGUCGGGAAUCUCACGGAGAAAAUGCGCGCACGACAACUCGACACCAUAUUUCAUCUGUGUCUGUUAAGCUGCGUGCUCCAGAGCGCACGGUGCCAGCGGGACUCGGCGCCUCUCAGGCGGACCAUCCAGUGGCAGCACGACGGCAGACUCUUCAGCAUCCUGAGUCAGGGCGCGCAGUACGUGCCUCCGUUGAGGAGAAACGGAAACGGAGAUGCAGAGCAGGAGCAGCAGCGGCGGCAGCAGUCUCCGGUCAGACCCCUAACCGUGAUCAGCAGUGGCCAUGCGAGACACAACGAGCCGUCUGGCUCUUCCGCGCCAUCGCACUCACACGGAUCGCGCUUGUUGCCAAGCAGGCGCGCCGGUGCGCCUCGCGGCCGCGUAAACGACACCGCGCGCACGGCUCCUGGGCCGGUUCCGUCUCCGUCUCCGCCACCUCCGAGGGCGCGAGCGGACGCCAUGGUCGGAGACGAUCCUUACAAUCCGUACAAGUACAGCGAACAGGACAACCCGUACUACAACUACUAUGACGCGUAUGAAAGACCAAGACCGAGACAGAGACCCGGAUACGGAACAGGCUACUUUCAGUACGGUUUGCCUGACCUCGUGCCAGAUCCGUACUACAUUCAGGCCUCCACUUAUGUGCAAAGGGUGCCGAUGUACAACCUCCGAUGUGCCGCAGAGGAAAACUGCCUUUCCAGCUCUUCGUACAGGUCGAGAGAUUACGAUACGCGGAUGCUGCUGCGCUUCCCACAGCGUGUCAAGAACCAGGGCACGUCUGACUUCCUGCCAAGCCGGCCACGCUAUUCCUGGGAGUGGCACAGCUGCCAUCAGCACUACCACAGCAUGGACGAAUUCAGCCAUUACGAUCUGCUGGACGCCAGCACUCACUCCCGUGUGGCUGAGGGACACAAGGCUAGCUUCUGCCUGGAGGACACGUCCUGCGACUACGGCUACUAUAGACGCUAUGCUUGUACCGCUCAUACACAGGGUCUGAGUCCAGGAUGUUACGACACUUACAACGCCGACAUCGACUGUCAGUGGAUCGACAUUACAGACGUGAAACCUGGGAAUUACAUCCUCAAGAUCAGCGUUAACCCCAGUUAUCAGGUUCAAGAGUCCGACUACAGCAACAACAUUGUGCGGUGUGACCUUCGCUACACCGGCAACUACGUCUACGCUUCAGGAUGUCAGUUGUCACCGUAUUAAAACGUGUUCAGACCGACAUCCCAAAACGAGGACAGACCGAGGCGACUCUAACGCUAGUCAUCAUGAAGAAAAGCAGUGGAUUUCCACACUGACUGAAUAUGAGAUUUCUGAUACAAUCAUUUUGAAACUUAGAGCAUAUUACCAGAUGAAGCUUAGGUACUGUUCUGUCUUUUAUGAGGGGUUUUUUUUUCUUUUCUUCCUUUGGUUCAUUUUGUUGAUAUUUCAUGUAAGUCGAUAGACAUAUUUUAAUAAAGAUUAUAAAAUGUUUACAAAAAAAAUGAAAUAAGUAUGUUCCAGCUGAAGAUAAAACGGUCAUUCUGGUAGAAAGUGCAAUUUAUUCACCUAUAGGGCCAUGUUUAACUCAGCUCUACAGUGAGGCAGAUUAAAGGUUCAGUCUGAUCCAUGCCGGACAACAAUCAGCUCUUUGAGGAUGUCCGUUUGUUUAUCCUGAGAACUUAUUUAACAAAAGCUCAUAUUACUGCAAGACAUGUAUUACAUGAAAAUGACUUGAAUAAAUAUUCAUUCUCUGA